AUGAAGGUCAUGAAUGAGAACCUGCUGAAACAAGAGGAGAGAAAAGUGAAGCGGUGGCUCAAGAAACAAGCCCAGGUCUCACCCACGGGAUCCUAUCAAUCAUAUUAUUUUAAGUCAUCCAGCUAUCCUGAGUCGAGUCAAGAUCUAACCACCGACACACAGCCACUCUCUGUGAAAGACUCCAUCGACAUGCCUUGGAGCCAGUUUGGAGACCACUUGCCCAGUUUUGUGAGCUUUCUUCGACUGCCAACCAAAAGGCCAAGCUGCGACCGGAAGUCUUCCAAGGAUCUCACACCAUUCAGUGGAAUAGAUUUGCCCAUGCAAACCCUUUCAUCUCGAAGUAUCAUUCCUCGAAGCAGCGUUUCCAACAUGUCUCAUGCUAACAGAGACUCCUGGAAGGCCAGCAUCUCCAAGCAACCUAGUCUCAACAACAGCAUAUCCGUCCAAGAAGCCAUGGCCUUAUUUCCUUCCUUGCAAAGGUUGUCGACAAGAGGAGACAAGCUCUCACUCUCAAUGGCCCAUCUUCCUAAACCGAUUUCUGGGUUCCCAUCACUACAGAGAAAGAUCAAGAACAUUAUGGAGAAGGAGCGAGAAGUCGAGAAGUUUAAGCUGUUUGAGCCAUUGCCUCAGAUCAAACCUGAAGAAAUCUUGAGUUGCAGGUACCUUCGUUUGUCUCAGAGCAAUAUUGACACUUUGCUGGACUUAUGCAAAGAGUCUGGGAUCCAUGUAGACUUGCAUCCACAUAUGAAAGAAUCGGACAUCGACGUCAGCACAGUCCUCUCAUCCAGUACCAGCAGAGAACUCUAG